AUGAAAUUUCCGCUGACCAUCAUUUUUUGUUCAAUGACGUUGCCACUGUCAAUGCUAUGCUCUGCAGUUGCAGUGGAAAAUUCCAUAAGCAGCAAUCCAAACACGAGCAAGGUGAAUUUUGGCCACCACUUGUUUUUCUUAACUGAACGAAUUCACAUCUGAAAUAUUGUUUAUCGCUAUGUACAGUGUGUCUUUGAAUAAGAAUAAGUGUGUGGUUGAUAUUAAAAAGUAUUUUUAAGUCAGCAAUUAUCAAAUCACAGAAUUCAUUUAAUUUUCUUUUAUAGGGAACUUUGUGCUAUCAUGGGCAACCAGGCAGAAAUGGUAUUCCUGGUAUAAAUGGAAUUCCGGGAUCCCCUGGAGCACCCGGCCGUGAUGGUCGUGAUGGAAUCAAAGGAGAACAAGGAAGUCCGGGAAACACUGGACCCCAGGGACCUUCUGGAGGGAAAGGAAUGAAAGGAGAGCGUGGUAGGCAGGGUCCUGUCGGUCCCAAAGGAGAUCGAGGGGAGAAAGGUGACAGUGCCAGCCAAGGAGGGCCGGCCAACCUUGCUUCCCAUUUGAACUGGAAGGAAUGCACGUUUACAAAUGUGGACCAUAGAGAUACGGGAGAGAUAUAUGUAAGUUGCUCCUUGACAAAUAUCACUACAAUAACAUGAAAAUGAAUGUCGACAAGACUGCAGAACCUGGAAUAUUAUUGAGACAAGCCUAUUAGGUGACACAAAGUAUGCUAAAACCAGGAAAUUAUUUCACGAAUUAACUACCAUUAAUCCCGGAGUAGUCAAUCGAUUAAAAUCGGUAUCGAUUUAUCAAUCGAUUAAUCGAUGAAAAUCGAUAAAUUUGAUGUGAUUACACACAGAAGUUUCCCUCUAAAACCUUUAAUUUUGUUCAAUGACAAAACGGUUCGGUUUAAAUACACUCAGCAGUGCCGGAUCCAGACCUUGAGAUAAGGGGUGGGGGGUCUCCAAAAAAAUUUUUUUCGGCCCUUGGGGCCUUAGUUUGGUCUAAAAAUAGGGGGGCCGGGCCCCCUGAAUCCGCCACUGUCCAGUUCUCGCUGGCUAGUAUCACGAUAAAUACAAUCAGAGAUAAAGAUCUCCUACCCUGAAGUCCAGACAUCCCCUCGGGACUAAGCGGCCGGUGUCUGAACUUUAUUCAGGUUAAAAGAUUACUCUAGAUAGAUUUUCACCGUUUUCCCUUAUCAAUCGAUAAAAUCGUUUGAUUGUUACCGAUUUUCAUCGAUUUCGAUUUUUAUUCGAUUUUUAUUUGUUGGCUAGUGCGGGAUGUAACUACACCCGAAAUUUUGAAAGGGUGUCAGGUCUAAAUCGUGAAAUUGGGCGCCUUUAGAACUGGCCAAUAUCAGCCAUCAGAAGAAGAUUUUUAGCCUGAUUUUAAAGAAAAGAUAAGAUAGUUUUAAAGAUUAUUUCUACAAGAGGUGAGGGUAAUUGUUUGAUCCUGCGACUCUCAAUUGCAACUCAAUUGUCAACAAAUUUACUGUCUGUAUGAACAAUUCUGUUUCCAUCUUUUGUUGAACAGAUGAGCUGAUGUAGCUUUCCGAUUUAAAUCGAUGAAAUCGGUAAAAAUCAAGAUAAAUCGUUGAACGAAAGGAGUGUGUCAUCGAUUUCUACCGAUUGACCGAUACAAUCGAUAUCAAUCAAUCACAUUUACCGAUUUUUAUCGAUUUAGUGAUUGAUAAAUCGAUACCGAUUUUUAUCGACUGACUACUCCGGGCGCUUUAACAGUGAUUUUAUACUUGUCCGAUCGCUAUAAAACUUUCACCAGUGAAUGACUAUGAAUGGAAGUUUGUCAAAAUGUAGUUUUAAGUAAAAUCGCUAUCACUAUAAAAACAAUAAAAGAAAAAAUUGAAAUCGAUUAAAGUCGAAUUUUGUGCGAUCUAAACCUGCUACUGAAAAUCCGAUACUAGGAACUUUAAGCGUGGUCCUCCGUGAGAAGUAAAAAGUCUUUACAUUUGAAUUCAAAUAAAGCGUAAAUGUAUUACAAAUCUUAUAUUUUCAAUAGCCGUGAAAAAUGGAUUGAUAAAAAAGUUCUAAAUAACUCAAAUUAAUCUUAAGUAUGAAUGAGAAUGCUGCUUGAUAUCAUCAUUCACUUCUUGGAGAUUUUGCUGUAUUUUCUUUCUUGCGUUCCUGAAAACUAACCCGUUUUCUCAUCACCUGUCUCAGUGAACUUUAUUAUAAAUUUUGAAUUUUAGUGCUUAUCUGUAUAUAUCUGAAACGGCUCGACAGAACUGUUUUUAAACCUCAUCACAUAAUCUUCACGAUGUCUGAAAUUUUCAUUAAGAUUGAUUCACUGCAACACCUUGAAAUUUCAAAACGAACUUAGCCUUCGAAGAGGCCAAAAAUCCGCGCUACAAAAUUCACUGUUUGGAUGUUGCGCUUACACUUAAAUAAAAUGGGCAAAGUCGAUUUGUUUAUUUCAUUUUUACUGUUGUAGAGCUGCGAAUUCAUGAAGAAAUACACGGAAACUUCCCUCCAUGUUUACUUCGCUGGUAAUCUCCGGAUCUACAACUGUGACAACUGCUGCAGUCGUUGGUAUUUCAAAUUCAAUGGCGCCGAGUGCAGCUCUCCUGGUAAAAUUGACGGUGCAUUUUAUAUGGCAGUAGGAGCUGGCAAAAACCUUCAUCGUCAUCGCCACAUUGAAGGUCACUGCAAUAACAUCCACAAGGGAAAAGUGCGAGUGGGAUUCUGGGUUGGAAGCUGCAACAAUGGCCACAAACUUACUGAUGCGGAUACAGGCUGGACUACAAUGUCCCGGAUCUUCAUUGAAGAAGUGGCAAGUGCUCAACAGUAA